AUGCUUUGGGCUACCAUUUUUGCUAACUUGGCCCUAGGCCUUCCUCUGCUAUCGGAAGGGAGCCCUCUUAACAAGGGUAGACAUUCCAAAAACCCAACUGUUGACUUAGGCUACGCCCAGUAUGAGGGUACCGCUCUCGAUGUUGGAGUAAAUCAAUUUCUUGGAAUUCGAUAUGCUGCACCGCCUCUCGGAAACUUGCGGUUCAGGGCGCCAGAAGAUCCUGUUAUUACUCACGGAGUUCAAGAUGCUAAAGAGGUAUUUGGAGCAACCUGCAUCGGUACAUCUGGGUCUGGACCGGCGCUAAGCAGUACCACUAACGAGGACUGUCUUUUUAUCGAUGUCUUUGCACCCGCCAAAACAAAGCCGCAUCAGAAGCUGCCAGUUUGGUUCUUUAUUCAAGGUGGUGGUUAUGCCGCAAAUUCAGACAGGAACUUCAAUGGAUCCGAAGUCGUCGCCAAAUCAAAUUUCAGCAUGAUUUUUGUUCAAAUGAAUUACCGUGUCGGUGCAUUUGGAUUUCUAGCCAGUGAGAAGCUGCGAGAAAACGGUAAUCUGAACGUCGGGCUUCUUGAUCAGCAAAAAGCAUUGGAAUGGGCGCGGAAGAACAUCCACCUUUUCGGAGGAGAUCCUGAGCAUAUUGUUAUUCAUGGAACGUCUGCUGGCGGUGGCUCGGUGGCCUAUCACCUCACAGCAUACGGGGGAGAGAAAGAGAAAUUGUUUGUCGGUGCGAUAGCCGAGUCACCGUUCCUUCCCACCCACAGGACUGUCGCUGAGUCUGAAUUUCAAUACCAAAGAUUUGUGGAGGGCACCGGCUGCGGAGACCAUGAAGAUGCUCUUGCCUGCCUUCGAUCCCAAGAUACAGCGACUCUUCAGUCUGCCGAUGUGGCUUCUCGCUUCCCUGGGACAAGUAUAACCCCUUUGUGGUAUUUCUUACCUGUGAUCGACGGCACGUUUGCCCCAGACCAGCUUUAUACGCUCUUCGAACAAGGCAGAGUGACAAGAGUCCCGGUAAUGGUUGGCGAUGACAAUGACGAAGGAACAUAUUUCACCCCGAAUGCCAGCACCUCUGCAGAAUUCCUGGAUUUCAUGCAGGCCAACUAUCCCCGCCUGACCUCCACUGACCUUCAAAUUAUCAACGAAACGUAUCCACCGGGAGCAUUAAUGGUAGAUCAUGCUCCAUACUUCGCCCCAGCUGCUCAGGCUUACGGAGAAUCGACGUUCACUUGUCCCGGGAAUGAGAUAUCCUCAUCUAUCGCAAAGUACUUCCACCCCUCCAAAGCUUGGAACUACCGUUACAAUGUAUGGGAUGCAGAUUACCAGAAUGCGGGUUUAGGAGUACCACACGUGACUGAAAAGCCAGCGGUUUGGGGUCCUGGAUAUGCAGGAGCGUGUGAUAACUGUUCCUACUUGACCUACAACAAGCCCAUGGUCCCUAUUGUCAUGGACUAUUGGAUCAGCUUCAUACUUUCGCUGGACCCCAACACAUACCGGGACAGCUCUGCACCGGAGUGGAAGCCAUGGGGGACUGCGGGUGGCCAAAGAAUGCGGUUCCAGCUUGAUGCAACAGACAUGGAGCCAGUUCCCGAUGAUCAAAAACACAGAUGCAUGGUUUGGAAACAUUUGGCUGGAAUGAUGGAACAAUGA